AUAAGCGUACUAAGCGCUUGCUUAGGGCCCCGCGGCCACCAGGGGGCCCCCAAAAGCAAUUAACAAAAAUUUCUUAUUUUUUAUUUUUUGCAUGUACGAGUCUGACUGAUGAUUUCUAAAUGAUCAAAGAUAUAUUAUUGUACAAAAACACAAUUUUAGGUCAACAGAGUGCUGCUGCUGAUCUAGGCCUAGUGAUUCUUCCUGCCUCUCUUUAAAUGUAAAACUGCCUCUGCUGCACCUGUGACGUUUGCCGCCCGCCGUGCAAUGCCAGUGCGCACUGGGCAUCAAAAGCGCAGAUAGAGGCAAAACAAUGUCACAAAAAAGGACAUAUCCUUCAGGUACAGAAAAAAGGAAGAAGAAGAAAGUGGAAGAGGAGAAAAAAUGCCAUGAUAAAGGAGCAUUGUUAAAAUACUUUGGAGGCACAGAAUCAGCCCAGAGCCAGUCCACAUCCUCAGGCUCAACUGUGAGUGAUGAAUCAGGUCCAUCUCCAUCCUCUACAGUGCUCUCUCACACACCUCCACCCUCUGUGCCCACUGUCCCCUCCAUGUCUGAAACCACAGCUGAUUUAUCUACAACUUCCACCACAACGUCCCCUUCACACCAUGGACCAUCAUCAGCUCCGCCAGUUGACCCAGCUGAGUGGCCUUCUUUCCUCUCAGAUUCAGACAGGACUGAGCAGGUGAUCAGAGGACCACUGUCUAUUAAGGAGAACUUUUCAUUCCCCAAACGGCAUGAUGGCCGAAGUUUUCAUUAUCAUUAUACCUACAGACAGCUAGUCAAUGGAGAAAAAGUCUAGCGUAGCUGGCUGACUUAUUCAAGAAGUAAAGAUGCAGUCUAUUGCUUUUGCUGCAAAUUAUUUUCCAAAAAGUC